AUGCCUCGCCAAUUCUUCGUCGGUGGUAACUUCAAGAUGAACGGUGUCACUGACACCAUCACCUCCAUCAUCAAAAACCUCAAUGAGGCCAAGCUUGACCCCUCCGUCGAAGUCGUCAUCUCCCCCUCUUCCCUCUACCUCCUCCAUGCCCGCCAAACUGCCGACUCCAAGAUUGGCGUUGCCGCCCAGAACGUCUUCGACAAGCCCAACGGUGCUUUCACCGGUGAAAUCAGCGUUGAGCAGCUCAAGGAUGCUAAGAUUGACUGGGCUAUUAUCGGACACAGCGAGCGUCGUGUUAUCCUUAAGGAGACUGACGAGUUCAUUGCUCGCAAGACCAAGGCUGCUAUUGAUGGUGGCCUGAGCGUCAUCCUUUGCAUUGGAGAGACCCUGGAGGAGCGUGAAGCCGGCAAGACCAUCGACGUCGUUAGAAGGCAGCUCAACGCUGUCGCCAAGGAGCUUUCCAAGGAGCAGUGGCAGAAGGUCGUCAUUGCCUACGAGCCUGUCUGGGCCAUCGGCACCGGCAAGGUCGCUACCACCGAGCAGGCCCAGGAGGUCCACGCCGCCAUCCGCAAGUGGCUCAGCGACGCUGUCUCCGCCGAGGCCACUGAGAACGUCCGCAUUAUCUACGGUGGCUCCGUCAGCGAGAAGAACUGCCGCGAACUGGCCAAGCAGCCCGAUGUCGACGGUUUCCUGGUUGGCGGUGCCAGCUUGAAGCCUGCCUUCGUCGAGAUCAUCAACGCCCGUCUGUAA